GGCAAGAGGGCAUUCUACUGUCUAGAAGGAGACAUGUCCUUCUCCUCUCUUGGCCCUGGUGUGGGUGCAGGAGACAGCUGAGCUGAAGAAAUGAAUCCCAGAGUAAUAAGAUUGUGGCUGCCUUCAGCUGUGCUACUCUCCUUGGUUUCAGAUAUGCAUGGAGGCCAUUUCCCUGUGCGUGGUCCCAGCACUGUCACAGGCACUGUGGGGGAGUCACUCAGUGUGUCCUGUCAGUAUGAGAAGAAAUUGAAAACUAAAAAAAAAAUCUGGUGCAAAUGGAAAUCUAAUGUACUGUGUAAAGAUAUUGUCAAGACCAGUGCCUCAGAAGAAGCUAGGAAUGGCCGAGUGUCCAUCAGGGACCAUCCAGACAACCUCACCUUCACAGUGACCUUGGAGAACCUCACCCUGGAGGAUGCAGGCACCUACAUGUGUAUGGUGGAUAUAGGAUUCUUUUAUGAUGCCUACUUACAGAUCGAUAAGUCCUUCAAGGUUGAGGUGUUCGUGGUCCCAGUCAAAGGUUCACGCCCUGGGAACGGUAUCAACAUUCUGGCUUCCCCCACAUCCUCAGCGGUGCACACUCAGCCCAACGUGACCACAGACGACACAAUUCCUGCUCCCAGCCCUGAGCUUCGGUCUCUUCUGAGCAGCCCCCACUUCUGGAUCCUGGUGUCUCUGAAGUUGCCCCUGUUCCUGAGCAUGCUUGGUGCCUUGCUCUGGGUGAACAGGCCUCAGAGGUGCUCUGGGGGAAGCAGCGCUUGGCCCUGUUAUGAGAACCAGUGAAGUCUGUCAUCAAGGCCCUGUCCCUGGACACAGCUCCUCUAGUGGCUGAGAAGAGCCAGGAAAUGUGUAUUUUUUAGAAUGCUCUGAAACUUUUAGAAGAUUCUUUGUGCUGUAUUAAACACAUAGAGAAUUUACCCAAUAAACACCUAUAUAUUUAAAUAAUUUCGGGCUAG